UUUGCUGUUUUUGCCUAUUGUCCAUACCUUUCCAUAGUCCAACAAAAUAUAGCUUUUUGGCCCAAAAGUUAUCGGGAUUCAAAUUUCAUAACUAUAACAUAGAGUGUAAGAUCAAACAAAUAUGAAUUAACAAUAUUGUCGCUUCUACAAAAUUUAGAAAAAUUAAAAAAUCUUCGAAACGUUCCUUCAAAGGCGCUCGUAUUAACAUAUAAGUACGUGAAGAAACAACUGAUUCUUAGAAAUGAACAAAAACAUUUCCCAAUUUCUGUAUCCCUUUUUGUGGAUUGGCAUAACAUUCGUGUAUUAUAUCGUGUAUAAGAUCAGGCUGAUCCAUGUGGACAAACGUUUUCUAGUCUAUGCUGUGGAUAUGAUAUACAUUCUCUGUUUAAUGCCACACAGGCUGGACUGGAUGGUGCCGUACUGCCUUUUACUACUGAUGAUAUCGCAUUGGACGCACUGGUUCGCUCGGCAGCAGGUGGAGCCCUUGGAUGUCAAAUAUACGCCCUUCAAUUCUCUUAUUGUGUUGGUCGUCUUGGAUGGGUUGCUGAUCUUGUCCUACCGGUGCAUGCUGGACGAUGGCAGCCUGAAGGAUCGCUUGACAAUCGAACAAUCCUUACUUAUGGUCCAUGCCGUGCAUACCACUCGAAUUUGGAGCGCUUGUAAGGCUCUAAAGGUGGAGUGCCUUUACUGCGAUCAGCUGAUUCCAGAAACCAUGAUUUUCUUUGAGGGAUUCCAGCUCGUCGGCACCAUCUUUAUUUUAUUCUACUACUGGCCGGCUGUGGGUCUGGGCAAUGUGCUCUAUCGACUACAGUGUUUUUAUACUGUAUUAGACCUAAUUGGUAGUCGUAAAGACGCCCGCUCUGCCAUUGAAAAAAAAUGCAAAAAGUUGCACUAUAGCGAGAUAAUGGACCUUUUUUGCAUCAUCUGCCGGGAGUCCAUGGAACCCACGGAGCAGUGUGGCUGGGUCCGUCUGCCGUGCGGUCACUCCUACCACAGGUGCUGUGCCAUGGCCCGAUUUAACGGCCAGUUCCUCUGUCCACUCUGCGGCGUCAAAAUACAAGCGUAGCCGGAACCAGCUGGAGUGCCGCUUCAUCAUAAUGAAAUAUACCAAUGAAUAAACCACAUAACCGCCCACCAACAGCUGCCAUCUCUUGGGAUUAUCAUUGAACUCUACAAUAAGCAAAAUUCCUCAUAAGUUCGAAAAGGAUUCUAUCGCAUUGUGGACCUUAUCUCUGCCUGUUGUGUUCUUUUGUUUGUAUUAAGGCAGUAAACAUCCAGAUAAUUCUCCAGAUAAUCCACAUAAAACACUCCAAAUUGAGUUCGAGCUUUCAAAUUUGAAAAUUUAACCGCACAUUCGCAGUCGAUAUCGAUAUCGCAAAAAUUAUCGAUAGUUACGUUCCACACUGUAGAACCCAUUGCUUGGCGGCAUUUCAAAUCAGCAGCAGCCAGUGGAAUGCCUUUACAAUAUUUACUUUCAAAUUACUUUUGAGUUGCAGCUAUUUUUGACUUUUGGUAGGCAAAUACAUAUAAAAAAGAUUAA